CUGAGGCUGGUGGCCCUCUGGCCCCCAUUCGGCUGAGCACACAGGCGGGUGCUCCGUCCUGCUUGUGCCCAUGAAGUUGGCUGCCGAGCGCAUGUGUCUAAAGGUUUUUGGCCGCAAACCCUGGACAAGCCAAGCUCGGAGAGGGGCUUCCCUCACCACCAGCCACAGCCACGGCCGCGCUGCCUUGACAGGACGAACUGUUCCGCCUUUCGCCCCACGCGGGGCCCGGCAAAUCGGCCUCCGCCCAGCACAACCCCCGGCGGCCCCCAGAAGGGUCGAGCCAGCCAGGAGGGCAGGGCCCGGCCUGGGGCAGGGCGCGAACCGCCGGGGCCGCCACCCCCCGCCCCUGGGCCGGCUCCGCGCCGGGGCUCUGCCCCCGCCGUGCACCCGCCGUGGGUCCCGGGCGGAGCUCCGCGGCCAAUGAGCAGGGAGGCCGGGGCCGAGGCGGCUGAGCUAUAAGAGCCGCGGUAGGCGGCAGCUCCCGAGCCAGGCCGUCGGGUGAAGCUGCGCCUUGUCUCAGCGGGAAAUACCCAGCGGCGCGACCAUGUGCGGAAUUUUUGCUUAUCUAAACUACAGAGUGCCUCGAACUCGGAAGGAAAUAUUUGAGACCUUGAUAAAAGGAUUGCAGAGACUGGAAUACAGAGGGUAUGACUCUGCAGGAGUGGCAAUUGAUGGAAAUAAUAACGAAGAAAAAGAAAGGUUCAUCAAACUAGUUAAGAAAAGAGGAAAAGUAAAGGCCCUGGAAGAAGAGCUGUACAAACAAGAUGACCUGGAUUCAAAAGCAGAUUUUGAAACACACUUUGGAAUUGCACAUACACGCUGGGCGACCCAUGGAGUUCCAAGUGCAAUCAACAGCCACCCUCAGAGGUCUGAUAAAAGUAAUGAAUUUGUUGUCAUCCAUAAUGGGAUCAUCACAAAUUAUAAGGACCUGAGAAAAUUUCUGGAGAGCAAAGGCUAUGAAUUUGAAUCUGAAACAGAUACGGAAACAAUCCCCAAACUCAUCAAAUACAUGUAUGACAACAGAGAGAGUGAAGACACCAGUUUUUCAGCCUUAGUAGAAAGAGUUAUUCAGCAGUUGGAAGGUGCUUUUGCAUUGGUUUUCAAGAGCAUCCAUUACCCAGGUGAAGCUGUUGCUACCAGGAGAGGGAGCCCUUUGCUCAUUGGGGUUAGGAGCAAGUACAAGCUCUCCACUGACCAGAUUCCUGUUUUAUAUAGAACAUGCAACAUUGAGAAUGUGAAGAACUUAUGCAAUUCACGAAUGAAAAGACUGGACAGCUCUACCUGCCUUCAUGCUGUUGGGGAUAAGGCAGUAGAAUUCUUCUUUGCUUCAGAUGCAAGUGCUAUCAUUGAGCACACCAACAGAGUGAUUUAUUUAGAAGAUGAUGACAUUGCAGCAGUAACUGAUGGGAAGCUUUCGAUUCACCGCCUUGAGCGUUCAGCUAGUGAUGAUCCUUCCCGGGCCAUCCAAACCUUGCAGAUGGAACUGCAGCAAAUCAUGAAGGGUAACUUCAGUGCAUUCAUGCAGAAGGAAAUUUUUGAACAACCAGAAUCUGUUGUCAAUACAAUGAGAGGCCGGGUGAAUUUUGAGAGCAGCACAGUUUUGCUGGGGGGGCUGAAGGAUCAUCUGAAGGAAAUCCGAAGAUGCCGAAGACUGAUCAUUAUUGGCUGCGGGACCAGUUACCAUGCUGCAGUUGCUACUCGACAAGUACUGGAAGAAUUAACUGAACUCCCAGUGAUGGUGGAACUCGCAAGUGACUUCCUGGAUAGAAACACACCUGUGUUUAGAGAUGAUGUCUGCUUUUUUAUAAGCCAAUCAGGUGAAACUGCAGAUACGCUCAUGGCCUUGAGGUACUGUAAAGAGCGUCGUGCUCUAACAGUUGGCAUCACAAACACAGUGGGAAGCUCAAUAUCCAGGGAGACUGACUGUGGGGUACAUAUCAAUGCAGGACCUGAGAUAGGUGUGGCAAGCACAAAGGCCUAUACCAGCCAAUUUGUGUCUCUUGUAAUGUUUGGCUUAAUGAUGUCUGAAGACAGAAUUUCCUUGCAGAAAAGGAGACAGGAAAUCAUUAGUGGACUAAAGUCAUUGCCAGAGAUGAUUAAAGAAGUCUUGUCCUUGGAAGAAAAGAUACAUGAUUUAGCUCUUGAACUGUACAAGCAAAGAUCACUGCUGGUUAUGGGACGUGGGUAUAAUUAUGCCACUUGCCUGGAAGGAGCUCUGAAAAUAAAAGAAAUCACUUACAUGCACUCUGAAGGUAUCCUGGCUGGUGAGCUGAAACAUGGGCCCUUAGCCCUAAUAGAUAAACAAAUGCCUGUCAUCAUGGUGAUAAUGAAGGAUCCUUGUUUCACCAAGUGCCAGAAUGCCCUGCAACAGAUCACUGCUCGACAGGGUCGUCCAAUCAUUCUGUGUUCUAAAGAAGACACAGAAAGCUCAAAAUUUGCCUACAAAACCAUUGAGCUGCCUCAUACAGUUGACUGCCUUCAAGGAAUCUUGAGUGUUAUUCCUCUCCAGUUGCUUUCCUUCCACCUGGCUGUUCUCAGAGGAUAUGAUGUGGACUUUCCAAGAAAUUUGGCCAAAUCUGUCACUGUAGAAUAACAGCCAAGAGCAGCUGAUGUUUUUUGCCACCAGACCUCUUGAGUUACACUUGCAGCAGCGUGCGGUUCUGAAGUGAUAGGCACACUCUUUUCUAAAGAGAAUGACAGUGCUAACUGGAAGGUGUCAGAAGGAUUUCUCUUGCAGCUUUAAAAGCUUUUGAUGUGCCUUGUACCCCAAGUGCUUUUGCUCACAGCAAAUAUUCCUCCAAGUCCUGAAAUUGCCAAAGAAGAGAAAGAUUGUUUACACAUGGUAUAGUGAAUGAACUUUUCUACUGUGCAAUAUAUAUAUACAGCUCUCUUCAGAGUAACUGUGAACGUGGUUUUUUUUAGCCUACACUACUUAACUAGUUUUAAAAAUAGAGUAUUUAUAAGUACAACUGUAUAGCUUUUUGUAAGUUAUUAUUUUUUUUAGUGCCUCGCUUAUUAGUAGUGUUGGUAGUGCUCAGAAUGUAAAUGCUGAGCAUGUUGAUGUUUGUGUACAGAUAUUAGGGUUUUUUUUUUCCCUACUUCAGCCUCAAACUGGAAAUUUGUUCUCCCUCUUUGGCCUUCCAGUACUUGAAGGGGACCUACAAGAGUGGAGAGAGAUUGUUCACAAAGGCCUAUAGUGACAAGAUGAGGGGCAAUGGCUUCAAGCUAGAGAAUAACAGAUUUAGAUUGGGUGUGAGGAACAGGUUCUGCACUGUGAGGCUGGUGGAACACUGCAACAGGUUGCCCAGGGAGGUGGUUGGGGUCCCAUGCCUGGAGAUAUUCAAGGUGAGGCUUGACAGGGCUCUGGGGGCAGCCUGAUCUAUUUGAGGAUGUUCCUGCUGACUGCAGAAGGGGUUGGACUGGAUGAGUUUUGGAGGUCACUUCCAACCCAAACCAUUCUGUGAUUCUUCCCCAGCUUCCCCUCCCCUCUCUGCAUUUGUGUUUCAUAUUUAACCAGUCAUUUUCAUAGCUCUUCUGUGGCUGUAAAUUCCCAGCUAUGUUUCAAGUUUCUGCUUCUUUCAAGUGAUUAUUUGAAAAGCCAGAGCAACGUUUUGUUUUGUAUGCUACCCCAGCUCUUAUUUGCAUAACAUGUACAGUGCAACAAAAUAAGGGAACUGGAUGUCUUUCAAGUGCUAUUUCUGUAUGAAGAGUGUACAAUGAAAUGACAAUGCAAUUAAAAGAUUAUAUAAUUCUU